GACUAUUUUGUGUCAAAACAUCAGAGUUAUACUUUAAUAGUUUAUAUUUUUGUUAAUUCAAAAUAUAUUUUACCUUUUUCUUUAAUAGCACCUGCUAUUUCUGAAGAUGAAUCUCUAACCAGCUCUUCCAGCAAACACAGUCUUGUUAAUUUCUGGCCUAAAUCAGAUGACACUGACUUUCUUCUGGAUAACAAGAAAGAAGCAGAAAGGCCAAAAAUUAUAUGGCUGGAAAACGGUAAGUUUGUUCUUGUAAAAACACAAGAAGAGCAAACAGCCAAAAAUGUGACUAAUGUGGAUGAAGAGAAGAAAACUCCUCAAACUGAUACUGUGUUGCCACUGGAAGCACAGACAGAUGAUGAAUCUCCUUGGGAUUCUGAGAGUAUCUCUGAGAAUCUUCCACAGCAGCCUGUCGAUCCUUUUCCUGGGGAUGCAGAUGAUGGAGGAAAACAUGCAGGAAAUACACAAACAAAAGAUUUACCUGACACACAUCUUCACUUGAAGCCUGCCAUGGAAGCAAAAGAUUGUGUUGCGAAGAAAGCAGUAGGAAUAAAGGAUGUAAAGACAUUUCAACCAGAUUGGAGUUUCACCGAGUCUAAUGAGACUCUGAAGAGAUCUGAGAAAUUGAUGCUUGGCCAUCAACAUCCACUUCUGGCAGAAUCCGUGAUGAAGAGUCCAUCAGCAUUCCCAGAAUCUGAAUCAGGUGACACACAUCUUCACGGGAAGGCUGCCAUGGAAGAAAAAGAUUCUGUUGUGAAGAAAGCAGUAAGAAUGAAAGUUAUACCGACAUUCCAACUAGAAGAACUGAACAUAGAAGUGACAUUAAAGGAAGAUUUGAGAAGACGUGAUGACAGUGAAAACAGCCAGGACCAGGUUGAAGGAAAAAGAAAGAGUGGAAAAACUGACACCCAGCAGUUGCCUACUGAGAAGAAAGAAGAACAUGAUAGACUUGUCUUAAAAGAAGAGGACAAGAAAAAAAGUCUUGAGGAAAAAUGUUUGCAAGAAGUUGAAACAAAACAACAGCUUGAAAUUUCUUAUGCAACACUUGAAAUGGAAUUCAAAGCUUCAGAAGUGAAUCAGAAGCACAAGAUCAAGGUACAAGCUCUGUGCAACAUGAUGAAAAAAUGGAAGAACCCUUAGACAGAUAUAAGAAACUUGUUAAAAGAAAAGAAACAAAGUUAGAUGAGCACAGAAGUGGAGACCUUUGUUUCCAUGGAGAUACAAAUUCCAGUGCACUUGAAGUGAAUAUUCCAAAUACCAGGCUAAUCUACAAGAAGAGCCUGGAGCGAAAUAUUCCAAGCCCUGAAAGAAAAUAACCUCCAUCCCAGAUUGAUAUACCCUGCUAAACUCUCUCUAGAAAUUAAUGGAAAAACAAGAUGCUUCCAAAACAAAGAGGAACUUGGAAAAUUCGCAACCACCAAUCCAAUUCUACAGAGAAUACUGCAGGGCAUUCUAGAGACAGAAAAAAGUACUCGGAUUCCAGGAACAGUGGCAGAGAGGCCUCAAUGCAUGGAGCAGAAAACAGAAUAAAGAAAUAAGCAGAUAACUGAUGGCAAAAAAAGAGCAUAACAGAAAUGAGGCAGAGAAGGUUUUACUCAAAACUGAUCCAAUUGAUAGUAUCAAGUCUGAGAGUAUAGGCAACUACACUGAAGAUAACAAGACUCUACAAUGCACAUUCUGGUUUGAUAACUGCCGGUUUCUGAAGUUCUAUACUAUAUACAAUGUUGUGUUUUUAUUAUAUGCUUAUAUAUUCAAUUAUACUAUGUGUGAUGAGAUAGCCAAUUCUAUUGGAUAUAACAAGAGACAACACAGGAACUAUGGUAGAACUCAUUGUACAACGGUCUUAUGUCUUUUUCUUUCCAUGUGUUUAUAGGAAUAUGUUUUGUUUUGCUUUGUUUUGUUUCUCCCUCUAAUAUAGAAAGGAUAGAAAUACAUGUUAAGACUCAUACAUGUGUAGAAUCUAUAAACAGUUUACUAGAACUGAUCUUAUGACACCUGAUGAAAUGAACAGAUACUUUGAAGAAAAAGAGACCCUAAAAUACCCAGUGCUGAUCCCGGAGUGUCAUAAUGUGACACCCAGCAAUAGUACUAUUCUUUGUUCAGAGUGAUAUUAGCCUGCUUGGGUUUAUUCAAUCUCAACAUAAUUGAAGAUAUGGAUACCUGCAUGUAUGUUUAAGUGUAUAGGAUUGAUAACCAUAUUUCUAAGUUUUUGUUGGAUAGUUGAACAGAACUGGUUGCAGUCUCACUGUUUGAAUCCCCAUUUUAUAUGAUCCACUUUAAUAUCUUGAAUAACUAUUUGUAAGAAGACAAUCUGUAAUCAAUUAGUGAUUUCUGGUUUUUUUCUUUGACACUAUGUAUUAUUUCUAUGCAUUUUCUGUUUUGUUCAGUCUUUCUUUAAAUUAAAUUUUUUUAAAAAAAGACACUACAGUACCCAGUGCUGAUCCCGGAGUGUCAUGAUGUGAAAUCCAGCAAUACUAUUAUUCUUUGUUCAGAAUGAUUUUAACCUGCUUUAGUUUAAUCUAAACAUAAAUGAAGAUAUGGAUGUUUAAGUGUAUAGGACUGACAACAGUGUUACUAAGUUUUGUUGGACAGUUGAACAGAACUGUUUGCAGUCUUGCUGUUUGAAUUCCUACUUUACAUGUUCCAUUUUUAUAUCUUGAACAACUAUUUGUAAAACAACAAUAUGUAAACAUCAACUAGUGAUUUCUUACUGGUUUUUUUCUCUCUGAAUAUAUGUAGUAUUUCUACCUA